GGCCGACAAGGUCAGUCAGUGGCUAGUGGGCGCGCUCAGUGCCCGGCGACACCGUCAUGGAGCCCAGCUCACUGUUGCUGGCCGCGGCCGCCGUCGUCGCGGCCGUCUUCCUGUACUUCCGCCACCGCUUCUCGUACUGGGCGCGGAGGGGCGUGCCCUUCCACGCGCCCAAGCCUGUCGUCGGCAACUUCGGCGACGUGCUGCUGGGCCGGAAGAACGUCCCCGGUCUGCUGGCGGACCUGUCGCGGGCCUUCCGGGAGGUCGGCUACUGCGGCAUCUACAGCUUUGACAAGCCCGUCCUGCUCGUGUGGGACCCGGAGAUGGUGAGGCAAAUCGUGGCCAAGGACUUCAGCAGCUUCCACGACCGCGGCCAGCCCUUCGACCCGGCAGACCCCUUGAGCCAGACGCUGUUCGCGCUGGGCGGCAAACAGUGGAAGAACCUGCGCAGCAAAUUGACCCCGGCGUUCACGUCGGGCAAGCUGAAGGCUAUGCUCCCGCUCAUGCGCGACGUCGGCGCGGACCUCGUCGACCAGGUGGCCCUGGAGGCCCACGGCGGGUGCGAGGUCGACAUGGAGGAGCUGCUGUCGAGGUUCGUCACCGACGUGGUGGGCACCGUCGCGUUCGGCAUCAAGUGCAACUGCCUCCGCGACCCCAACAGCGACUUCCGCGCCAUGUCCAAAAAGCUGUUCAAGCAGACGCCCGCCAGCGUGGCGCGCAUCCUGCUCACCACCGUCCACCCCAAGCUGGGCGUACUGUUGCCCUUCAAGUGGUUCUUCGCGGAGACCAACGACUUCUUCCUCAACCUGAUGAGGGACCAGGUGGACCAGCGUGAGAAGACGAGCGUCGAGCGCAACGACUUCGUGCAGCAGAUGAUGCAGCUGCGCGCCGCCGACCUGGCCGACGUCGACCCGGACAACCACCUCAAGGUGACGACCGGCGUGAUGGCGGCACAGGCCUUCAUCUUCUUCCUUGCGGGCCUCGACAACAUCUCCAACACGCUCGGCUACAUCCUGACCAGGCUGGCCGGCGACCAGGACUUGCAGGACAGGCUGGCCUCGGAGGUGCGGCGCGAGCUCCAGCAGCACGGCGGCGAGCUCUCCUACGAGGCCCUCAAGAAGAUGAGCCUCGUCAGCCGCGUGGCCCUCGAGGGCCUCCGACUGUGGAAUCCGCUCGGGGUCGUGUUCCGCAAGUGCAACGCCACCACCCGGGUGGGCGACGUCGUGGUCGAGAAGGGCCAGAUGCUCUUCAUCGCCACAAACGUCAUCAACAUGGACGAGAGCGUCUUCCCGGAGCCGCAACGCUUCGACCCGGAGCGCCACACGGCUGAGGAGAAGGCCAAGCGGCACCCCUACGCCUUCCUGCCCUUCGGCGAGGGCCCGCGGAUCUGCAUCGCCGAGCGCUUCGCCCUGCUGGAGAUGGAGCUGACCAUCGCGGUCCUCGUGGACAAGCUGCGCUUCUCUCCCGGCCCCAACUACGAAAAGGAGGUCGAGAUCGACACCAGGGCGCCCCUACCUAAGCCAAAGAAUGGGUUCCACCUGCAAGUCACAGAACGCAUUUGAAGGAAAUUGAUAACAUUUUCUAUAAAAGUGCUUAAAAUGAUCGUUAAUACGUAAGUAAGAAAAUUGGGUGCAGUUUGUGCUCACGAUUGUAUUGUAAGUUUCGCUAGUGUUACUGAAUCUACCUCACUACCCUGUACAAAUAUUUUUGAUACUAAUACGGAAUAAAAAGUAAUUUCAGAAAA